AGCCAAUGGGGUGGCGGCAGCUCGCUACGGUGUUGCGCGGCGCGGACACGUGGGCGGGCCGGGAGCCGGGCGCGGGGCUUGGCCGGGUGCUGCCCCGACGGCGCGGGGGGCCGGGGCCUUUUUGGGGUGUCAGGUCCCGUUUGGGGGGCUGGGACCUCUUUUGGGGGCCGGGUUCCGCCCGCAGGCCGGGUCCCGCUUGGGGCCACGCUGAGCGCUUGUCCGGCUGCCGGCACCCAGCCCGGGCCGGGGCUGCGUGGGGCUCGGGUCCUGCCCGGGAGCGGGGCGGCACCAUGGCCGAGGACAAGGCUGUCACCAUGGUCACCUGCACGGCCCCUGUCAACAUGGCCGUCAUCAAGUACUGGGGCAAGCGGGACAGCGAGCUGAUCCUGCCCAUCAACUCCUCGCUGAGCGUGACGCUGCACCAGGACCAGCUGAAGACCACCACCACCGCUGCCAUCAGCAGGGACUUCAAGGAGGACCGGCUGUGGCUGAACGGGGAGGAGGCCGACGCAGGGCACCCGCGGCUGCAGGCCUGCCUGCGUGAGGUGCGGCGCCUGGCCCGCAAGCGCCGCGGUGGCGGCACCGACGCGGCCCCGCUCAGCCUGGCCUACAAGGUGCACGUCGCCUCGGAGAACAACUUCCCCACGGCCGCCGGCCUGGCGUCCUCGGCGGCCGGCUACGCCUGCCUGGUGUUCGCCCUGGCCCGGCUCUACGGCGUGGAGGGCGAGCUCUCGGAGGUGGCGCGCCAGGGCUCGGGCAGCGCCUGCCGCAGCAUGUUCGGCGGCUUCGUGCAGUGGCACCGGGGCGAGCGGCCGGACGGCAAGGACAGCGUCGCGCAGCAAGUGGCACCCGAGACCCACUGGCCGGAGCUGAGGGUCCUCGUGCUGGUGGUCAGCGCCGAGAAGAAGCCGGUGGGCAGCACAGCGGGGAUGCAGACCAGCGUGGACACCAGCCCCUUGCUGAAGCACCGCGCAGAGGCCCUGGUGCCGGAGCGCAUCGCCUGCAUGGUGCGGCACAUCCGCGAGCGGGACUUCGAGGGCUUCGGCCAGCUCACCAUGCGCGACAGCAACCAGUUCCACGCCACCUGCCUCGACACCUUCCCCCCCAUCUUCUACCUCAACGACGUCUCGCGCCGCAUCAUCGCCCUGGCCCACCGCUACAACGCCCACCACGGCUGCACCAAGGUGGCCUACACUUUUGACGCCGGCCCCAACGCCGUGAUCUUCGCGCUGGCCGACACCGUGGCGGAGUUCGUGGAGGUGGUGAGACGCAGCUUCCCCCCGGCGCCCAACGGGGACCAGUUCGUGCGUGGGCUGCCCGUCGGCUCGGCCUCGCUGCCGGAGGAGCUGCUGUCUGCCGUGGUGCUGGAGCCGGUGCCGGGCGCCAUUCGGUACAUCCUGCACACCAAGCCCGGCCCCGGCCCCCAGCUCCUGGACGACCCCAGCCAGCACCUCCUGGGUGCGGACGGGCUGCCCCGAGGCAGCGCCUGAGCCCCCCGCCGCGGGGCCGUGCUCGUGGUGACGCCGCGAGGGACGGCGGCGACGCACCGCGGUUUGGGGGGCUCGGGGGGGGCUGCCCCACGGGUUUGAUGCCCUGCAUCCCAUCCCGGAGCAGGAUGUCCCCCCCCCCCCCGGGCCUGGUUUUUACUCUUUUGUAAGCAAAUAGAGCUUUUCCCCAGCCGCA